AUGGCAAUAAUGGGUUCAACAUUCCUUUCACUGGCUGAUACGAAUUCCAGUAAAGUCUCUCAGUCUUUCCAAAUUGUCGGCCAUUUCAUCGCAUCUUUGUUACCUCUGAUCUAUCUCUUCAGUGUCAGUUCUAUCUUCUUUGACAUCGUUCAUUACCAGCUUCACCAAUGCACUCGAUCCUCCCAUCCUUUCCUCCGACGCCUCGAACGCAUCCACCACUUCCACCACCUUUAUUACAAUCGAAAAAUGAAGUUUGAUCAACGUUAUUUGCGGCAGAAUCAGUUCCAGGCGUUGCCUCUUGAAUUGGGAUUUCAGAUCAUUGGAAGCUGCCUGGGAUACAUGCUCGCUGUUUUAGUGGUGCCCAAUGCCGAGGCAUGGAUAACUGAAGUCCAUCUCUGGGCUUUGAUGGGCAUGCAAAUUCUAAGGUCGACCUUUGUCAUUUGCACUAGUGGGCGCGAUUCAAAUCACCUCACAUACCACAGAGCGCCUAAGGAUCCGAACUGGAUAUUUGUAGGCCCUGAAUUCCACUGCCUUCAUCAUGUAUAUCCCAAGCGAUAUAUGAGUUCUUUCAUCAAAUGUUUCGACUGGGUAUGGGGCACUGCGUCUUCAUUGCGCACCAAAAGAUUUGUCCUUACAGGCGGAAGCGGCGCUUUUGGUCAAGCCAUGAUCGCCGAGCUGAGACGUGAAGGAGUGCAAAGCAUCCAUACCUUGAAAUUUGGAUCGGAUUGGAACAAUAAUGAUUUUGAGGGAGCGAUCUCGGCCUUUUCAAGGAGUGAUGUCCUUAUCCUGGCUCACGGCUCAAAAGGUCAGAGUGCGGUAGAGUCAAAUUGCGAUUCAUCCGUUGAGCUCGUUCGUUUGUUCAAGCAGCACAGCCAGGCUAAAGAACUUCACUCGACGCUACCGGAGGUUUGGUACGUCGGAAGUGAGAUUGAACUUCAUCCGUCCUGGGGAAAUACUGAGUUGCAACGGUACUCCGCUUCAAAGCGAAAAUUUCUUCCACACGCUAGGUCCUUUUUCGAUGACCCUGAGAUAUUGUAUCGUCAUAUCGUGCCGUCAUCCUUCAGCUCGUCUAUGGGAUGGGCUAUCGUUUCAGCAACAUGGACAGCUAAGGUGACGAUGUGGUGGAUUCACCGCGGGGCCCGAUAUAUUCCGGCAACAUAUACUGGGAUUGCAUACCUCAACUAUCUCAAGCUUAUGUGGUGGGUUCCUUAUGCGCAGCAGAUGCCCAGGUAG